AUGGAAGCGGGAAGGGAAGAAGAGAACUACGUGGACUGGAGAGGGCACACGGCCAAUCCUAAGAAGCACGGCGGGGUUUCCGCCGCCGCCUUUACCUGUGUUGUGGAGGCGCUGGAGAACAUGGUGUUCCUGUCCAACGCCACGAAUUUCGUGUCGUAUUUCAUAAAGUCAAUGCACUACUCCACCGCCCACGCCGCCAACAUGGUCACCAAUUUCAUGGCCACCUCCUUCCUCCUCACCGUUGUCGGCGGCUUCGUCACCGACUCUUUCCUCAACAGGUUCUGGACCUUCAUCGCUUCCUGCACCACCGAGCUCCUGGGAAUCAUGCUGCUGACCAUCCAAGCCGAGCAGAGCCGGCUCCAGCCGCCGACAAACGAAACUCCCUCGGCUUCUCAGGCGGCCAUCCUGUACGGCGGGUUGUACGCGAUUGCGGUGGGAUUCGGCGGGAUCAAGGCUUCCCUGCCGGCCCACGGCGCUGAUCAGCUGGACCAUGGGAACCAGGGCCGUAUCUCCGCCUUCUUCAACUGGUUCUUCUUUUCGCUCUGCAUUGGAGGCCUGAUGGCGUCGACUUUCAUGAUAUGGGUCCAGGAGAAUCUGGGCUGGAAGUGGGGGUUGAGGCUGUCGCUCAUUGCUUUGGGCUCCGCGCUCUGCGUUUUCGCAAGUGGGUUCCCCAUCUAUCGGUUCAGACGGCCCACCGGAAGCCCAAUAACAAGAAUCCUCAAGGUCUUGUGUUCGGCAGUUCGUAAUUGGAGAGCCUCCCAUGUAGUUGCCAACGAUGAAGCUGCCGGAGACAUGAGCAAAAAGUUCAGGUUCCUCGACAAAGCGACGGUUGAUGGCACCGUAACCAGCCCGGAGGUGGAGGAAACAAGGUCCUUUCUCCGGCUGCUCCCAAUCUUCGGCAGCACAAUCAUGAUGAGCUGCUGCCUUGCCCAGCUCCAGACAUUCUCCGUGGAGCAAGGAAGCGUCAUGGACAGGAAACUCCGCGGCGGAUUCCUAAUCCCGACGCAGUCGCUGUCGGUUUUCUCGCUCGUCGUCAUAUUGUCCUCCAUCCCGUUCUACGAGUACGUCGUCAAGUCAUCUCGAGCCACGGCGUGGCUCAAGAUUUACCGCCCGCUCAAGAGGAUAGGCCUGGGCCUGGCCCUCGCCUCGGCCUCGAUGGCUGUGGCUGCAGCCGUCGAGGUCGAGAGGCGAUCGGCAGCCUCGGUCGACGACUCGACGAGGCUGUCGGUUUUUUGGCUCAGCUGGCAGUUUCUAUUCCUAGGGGUGUCCGAUAUGUUGACUCUUGGAGGGAUGCUCGAGUUCUUCUACUCUCAGGCGCCAAACAGCAUGAGGAGCAUGUGUACGGCGUUGGCUUGGGCCUCUACUUCGAUGGGCUUUUUUCUCAGCUCGCUUCUUGUGACGUUAACGAACAAGAUCUCGGGCCGGUUUGGGGACGAGUGGCUGGGCGGGCACGACCUGAACCGGAACCGGUUGGACCUGUUUUAUGCGGUUCUUUGUGUUUUGAACUCGGUGAACCUGGUUAACUAUGUGUUUUGGGCUAAGAGGUACUAG